GUUCAUAUAAGGAAAGCACUACCUUCAUUCGAUUUCCCCACUGACCGGAGCAGGCGGCCAUGACACCGCGUAUACUGGAUCUGGAAUGGCUGAGGGGUCGAACUGUACACGAAGUGAACCGAUCGUAAUUAUUUCCAGCGACGAGGAUGACGAAGAAGACGUGCAAGAUCUUUUUAACGCAUUUGUUUCUCAAGUUGAACGAUACGUCGAACAAAAUGGCGUGGUGCUCUUGCUGAAACUGAAGUUCGCGGAAGCUCGUCCAGAGUUCGUGUCAUCCGCGAAAUUCAGGAGCGCGUUAAAAUGGCGGACGACACAAAUGAACAAGGCGAAUGGAUAUAUUUACACUGGAGAAAUUUGUAAGCUUCUUGAUUCAAGGACGCAUGAUUCAAAAGCGAAAUUGAAGGGAGUGAAAGGAGAGGUUGAUCGCGACUAUUCCGCGGGAAAUGAAAAUGUCAUGAUUCCCUCGUCUCGCGCGGAGCCAGAUGUAAACAAAACCAUUAUCCAUGUGACGAUCGACAACUGCGACGAAUGCGAUUCGAAAACUGUUAUCAAAGGAAUGCCAGCCGAGUUCACUAAUCCUCGACCGAGUACAAGCACAGCGAAACCUACCACAAGUUUGGGAGUUAACGGUGAGAUUAAAAAGAAAAGAAAACUCUACGCAGCAACAGCUACAACCAAGUCAAGUCCAGAGAAAAAAUUCCUCACUCCUCGAAAGCGAAAACAGCUUGUGGAAAAAUUAAAACUAAAGCUGGAUUACCUGGGCGAUCAGAUAAAGAUUUUGAGUCGAGCGGAGCUGAGCUUGGAAGAAAUGGACAUGAGUGAGAGCACUUACAUUCAAGAAUGCCGGAUGAAGGAACGGUUUAAUCGAAUCUACAAUAAGAUUUGUAAAUUGCAGGGACAUCCCCCAGUCACAGGGAGAGUCACUGAGAGAGAAGUCAAGUGCCCCACCACAAGAGUACCAGAAAUUGACCGAGCAAUCAACAAGUUCUUGAAGGAAAAAAAGAGUCGCUUUCCAGAUAUAUUUGACAUCAGAAAUGUGGUGUUCGAAGCAAACAAGCAACAUGGCUUGAAGCUGCCAGUUCAAGCCCUAAAUGAGAUAAGUGAUGAAGUCUUUAUGUGUGUCGGUAACAAGUUACAGAAAAGACGAAAGAGAGAUUUUGAGAACAAUUUUGGAUGUUCUCUCACAGAUGACUAUCAACCCAGCAACGACCCUGCCAUAGCUGAUCUUGCCCUUCGCAAAAAAUUAGAAGAGAAUAAGAGGAUAAGCAAAAGAAAUUUAGAUGACAUCUUCAACAAAUUUGCUCACUAUGGACGCAUGGCAGCUUAUGAUGACGGCAGCAGCUCAAGUGACAGUGAUUCAGAGAAUUCAAAGCCACAAAAUGGGCAUGUGAAAAGUGCAAUGAAAAGGAAAUUUUCUCACAUUUCUGUGUCACAGUCAUCAGAUUCCAGUGAACACGAAUGUAAUGACUUUGGCUUAGAAGAAGAGAUUAAUGAUGAUAACGAUCCCAUUAGAAGCAAGGAACUGUAUGAUGAUGGAUUGACAACACAAAAACAUUUUGAGGGAAAAUCAAAGAAGAAACGCUUAACUCUGAAAUUCUCAGAUACUAGUGAAAAUGAUUUGGAGGAUUUUGCCAUUAAGACUCCACGACAAGUGAUUGAAAGAAAGGAAAACAUGGACAAUGAUACUACAUGUGAUACAAAAAACAAUACUACUCUGCCUUCAAAAGAGACAAGUCUAAGUGUUGCUGAACUACCAAAUUGUAUUUUGUCUGAAUGUGAUGAUAGUUCUGUGGAACACACAGCUGUUGUGGAACUAGAUUGUACUCUUCAGCACACUGAAAUUGAAACUGCAAAGGAAGCUAAAAGCAGUGGGAUUGAUGAGGUAGCAAGUGCAUUAGAAGAUCAUGAAAUCACACCUGUGGAGGAUAUCUCACCCAGUGAUGUAGUGUCCAGCAGUCAGUGGGGCAGUGAAGCUUGGACAGAUUCAAAUGUUUCAACCCUUGGUAAAGAUGAUUUAGCAAGUCAAUCUUCCAAACUUUGUACUCCAUCUCUACAAUCACAAUCCAUUCCAAGUGAUCAUGUUAUAAGCAUUAAAAAUUCUGAUGUUAAGCCUGGAGUUUUGAGUGAUUCUUCUAAUGUUAUUGACAGUCAAGUUGUAGCUGAAAAGACUCCAAAAGAAAAUGGAAGACGAAAGACCUUGCCAAGUUGCAUUUCAUCAAUGAAUUAUGUUGAUAAAAACUUAUCGUCAUCUAUUUCCAUCCCUUUAACUCCUGUGUCUUUAAAAGAUCAGAAGGCACUUUUUCGUCUCAGUACCAGGAAAAGGAAAGCAGAAAACAGAUCACUUGAAUAUGAAUCUCCCCUCAAAAUACUCCGUGAAGCAAGACUGGAAAUAAUAGAAAAGGAACAAGAAGCCUCUCUUAACUGGACCGAGCCCACAAAGCAGAAAUCUAGUUGCAAGAGAAGAAUAACCCUACCAGUAAGUGAAAAUGAUCUAUCAUCUGCUGCUGUUUCAGACAGUCCUCCAGUGCAAGCUACAACCAAUUAUCAAUCUACUGUGGAAAAGAGUGAAUCAAGAAGACUGGCAUUAUCUCUGAACAAGAGUGGAAGAAAUUCACCCAGUAGUAAACAGAAAGUUGUUGUUGAAAGGACAUUAGAUGUUAUCGUUCUUUCAGAUGAUGACAGUGACAGUUGAUUAGUUAAGUUUCUGUUUGUUUGUUCUGCAUGAAUGUUUUUUGAGAGGUUGUAAGUAAAUCAUUUUAUUUCACAGG